UCCGUGCAAAUAGAUGUAACUGAGAGCCAGGAUAUUUUGCCAAGGUUUACGAUGAUCAAAUACGGACCAGUCCGGUGAUUAAUUACCACAAUAGGGCGCACAAGUUCGCCAGCGAGUCGGGCAUGUUGUAUUCUCUGUAUUACCGUGUAGCCAAUGCCGCAGCGGGGAGAUAAUCGGGCGGAGGGAGCUGUUAUAGAGAGGAGACAGAGAGAGGAGCUGGCAGCACAUGAUCACACAGGCUAUCCAGUCACUGAUCAACUGGAGCAUUCAUAAUUGCGCUGGCGAUAACAUAUGGGAAUACAGCAAGGCGAGACUGUGGUCACACCUGGUUAAGGAGGACACCAGAGGACCGGUGCGGGUAAAACCACGGCCAAAUCUGAGGGACUUUGCAUCAAACACAGCCGAGAGAAAGCGUGGCUUCCGAAGCACCAUCCGAGAAGAAAUCUGAAGCCAGAGGAGACAGGUUAUCUACAUUAAAGCUGAACAUAAAAACACACAAAACAGAGUUGUUCCUGAACACACCGAGAACACAGCUCUACGCACCACCUCCAGCAUCAGCUUCCCAGAGGUUAUGGACUACAUGUCGACAAGAGCUGGAGGAAACACAGUCUGCAGACUCUGAAGCCAUUGUGUUGGAGGGAACAGUGCAAAUGGUGGUGCAGCACCUCCUUCCCUUUCAGCCCCACUUCAAAAAGGGGAGGUCACAGGAUACCAGCUCACUGCAGCAAACUGAGGAUUAACCCAGACCUGGAAAAGAGAGACGGUGCUUAUGUUCACCAUAAUGUCACCUGUAGGCAUGGCCAAACUACGGGCUCAGCUCGUUCUGCUGUUUCUUUGCUUGACACUAUGGGCCAGCAUGCUUCAGUUUUCUGCAGCCACUAUACAAGGGUACAUUGGAGACAGAGACAUGAUAUGUCCAUCUGUAUGCAGGUGUGAUGAGGACUUUAUCUACUGCAAUGAUCGUGGCCUGAACUCCAUCCCUUCACUGCCUCCUUCUGCAUCUGUCCUCUACCUUCAAAAUAACCACAUAAACAACCCCGGCUUGCCCACAUCCUUGGAGCGCCAUGUUGCUGUUCGUGUGGUCUACCUCUAUGAUAAUGAACUAGAUGAAUUCCCCAUGCACCUUCCACCGUUUGUGCGUGAACUACAUUUGCAGGACAACAACAUUCGCACUAUUCCUCGGAGUGCGCUGGCUCGGAUGCCCCUGCUAGAGAAGCUCCACUUGGAUGACAAUUCUAUUUCGACUGUCAGCAUUGAGGAUCAGGCCUUUGCUGACAACCCACGGUUGCGCCUGCUUUUUCUUUCACGCAACCACCUGUCUAGUAUCCCCUCAGGACUCCCUGCCUCUCUGGAAGAACUUCGUCUGGAUGACAACCGAAUCUCCACUAUCCCAACCCAUGCCUUCCGAGGCCUCGCCUCACUUAGAUGUCUCGUCCUGGAUGGGAACCUUUUAGCAAACCAGCGCAUUGCUGAUGACACAUUCUCCCGCCUUUCCAACUUGACCGAGUUGUCCCUAGUCCGUAACUCCCUCCAGACCCCACCUGUCAACCUGCCUAGUGCCCACCUGCAGCGCCUGUCUCUACAGGACAAUGCCCUGACACAUAUGCCACGUGGUUCCUUGGAUGGCAUGCACCGGCUGCAGAGGCUGGACCUAUCAGGAAACAACCUGACUACACUGCCGCGGGGACUGUUCAGAGACCUGGACAGCCUUGGUCAGCUGCUGGUACGAGGGAAUCCUUGGCAUUGUGGCUGUAACCUGCGCUGGUUGUAUGACUGGCUGCAUGCCCGUGGUAAUACCAUCACUGUCAGAGGUCUCACCUGCCAUGGACCCGACAGAGUGCGAGACAUGGCCUUGACAGACCUGUCCAGUGAAAUGGAGGAAUGUGAGGUGGUGAGGGCAGCAGGGACCCGAGACCAAGUGGGUGGAGGUGGAAUCAUUAGCUCUACUACCCACACCCCUCCACAGGGCUCUCUUUUUACCCUCCGUUCAAAACGACCUGGCCUAGGGCUUCCUGACUCUGGAUUAGAUUACACUCUUAGCAGCAGCGGUGUGGGGAAGAGCCUUGCACUCAACGUGAAGCCUCUCUCUCACAACAGUGUUCGCAUCACCUGGAGUGUGGCCCAACCCAGCUCCUCCUUCAGACUGAGCUGGCUUCGACUUGGCACUGCGAAUGCCAUGGGAUCAAUCACAGAGACGCUGGUCCGGGGUGACCGGCGAGAGUACCUCCUUACUUCAUUACAACCUCGCUCCAGCUACAUCAUCUGCAUGGUGCCCCUGUCUGCCAGUUCAGAAGGAAAAGGGUCCAUUUCUGGAGAUACUGACUCCGAUGAAGCUCUGGUGUGUGCAAAAGCUGAAACAUCAGACCUCAGCCCACUGGAGGAGGAGGAGGAUGAAGACUCACAGCAGAUGACAGCGCUACCCUUGGCAGGAAUUAUUGGUGGGGCUUCUGCUAUUGUAUCAUUGGCUCUUAUCUUUGGUAUCUUCUGCUGGUAUGGACAUAGGACUGGGCACUUGUGUUCCCGUGAUCACUAUACUCGCAGCAGCUCCAGAAAAAGCAAAAACUAUGAUGAUUACAUUGAGUCAGGCACCAAGAAGGACAAUACCAUCUUGGAGAUCCGUGGCCCAGGAUUCCAGAUGACACCUAUGGCAUCUUGCCAGCCAAUGCAGCCUAAACCCCUUCGAGAGGAUUACAUCAUUCAUACCAUAUUCCCCUCCAAUGGCACCGGCCUAUACAAAGGUGCCAACCAUGUUUCUAAUGCAGGACAUGGUACCAACCGUGGCUAUAGAGAAGGAGGAAUCCCAGAUAUAGAUUACUGUUACACAUGAUGUACUGUACAAGAUCCUGCUCACAGUGUUAUUGGUAAACUGUAUAGAUGCACAAUUUCCCUUCGCAUGGACACUUCUGAAGCACCCCUCUGUGCCUUUUUCUACUGGUCACCCAUUCCAAAUUACCUGCUGUUCACUGCACUGAAAGUACUGUAUGUGAUUACCUGGAAUUAAAACCAUGUGGAAUCCUUUCACUGCAGGAAGCAGCAGCCAGUGUCCUAGGUGUAAAUGCAUAGCUGACUGUUUCUCCACCAUCUUAGUAAUAGUCUGUGUAUGUUUUCUUUUCUGCCCUUUUGCUGUGACAUGUAAGCAAAGAAUGUAUCUGCUGUGGAAAGGUCAAACUUAGCAUACAGUAGGUGCAGGUAGAGUUCUUCUGUCACAAACAGGAGCCACAGCAGUCAGUUUAAAAUGGAGGAACAAAUGAUAAGAAACAGACAUUUCCAGUACUCACUUCCUGCUCACUGGUUAUACACAGUAUGUAGUCUUAUCAACUCAUUGUUCCAAAUGCCUCAACUAUACUGUAUUGAUGUGCCCUACCAGCUAUCCAAGGAAAGGGCUUUGUAAAGCUGUGAAUUGUUUUAUUUCAAACGAUCCAAUAACCACAUGUCUUAAAGUAGGAUUGCUAUUACUUUAUUCAUUAGUUGGCAGGUUGAAGAACUUACUAUAUCAAGGCUCGGUCAGCCUUGGUUAUACCUCUUGAAAUCAUUCACCUGAGAUCAAUAUUGUAGUGCUGUAUCAGAUGAGAUGCAGCACAAGUGUGUAGAUAAUUUACUCAGAUACCGACUGGGCUGUGUUUAAAAAAUGCUUUACUAUUUUUAUCAGUGGCUUGUUUAGUAAUCAAAUUCACAGCUCUCUUUAUUUAUUUAUUUUGUUCCUUAUGUGGUGGUUUUUGUCUCUGCUAAAAUGGCUUUUCUGUUUUAUCCCUCAUGUUUAUCAUUACUGAUGAAAUUCAGCUUUGAAGAAAACAGAGGAUUUGGUUCAUCUAAAGAACAAAAUAUGAGAAGUGAAGAAAACAUUCUGUCUCCAGGUUCAGGCUUUCUUAAAUUAAGUAGAUUGAAUUCCUGAGUGGGACUCUUUAUAAUAUGUAAUUUACAAAUUAGACCUCACCCAAAGACUAGCAUGUCAGUCCACUGAGAUGGUAGAGACCAGCCUACAUCCCCCUUUUCCAUUUUGUGUCUGUGUUUUUAACCUGUGACUUAAGUUGGUGACCCUUGGUUAUAAAAUGUUUCAUCCACAUUCUUAAAGCAGUGAUGGCGUUCACAGAGAAUCCAGACCGGACAAAAUCAUAAUGUGGAGCCUCCUGUGUGAGGCAGACUUUUGUCAGUGAACCUCAAAGUGAGGGUGAGAAGUGCAACUAAGGAGACUCAAACCGCAACACUGUUGACCUGCACUGUGGGGCAGCGGCCCACAUGAAGUGACUCCUCAGUGAGGGACAUUUAUGGUUGUUUGUUUUAGCAAUGGUAAAAGGCCUCCACUCAUGCCACAUUAUUUAUUACUGAGCAGCACUAAAAAUGUAAAUGUAUUAGCACUUAGCAGAGAACAGGGAUACAUGUAAUGACAAGCAUGGGGAGACAAAGGGUAAGGAAACAUCUCCAGGCAUUAAGAAGGAAUACAGAAUUGAUGACUGUGGCAUGAUGGAGUUCACCCAUGCAUAGAUCUGUUUUUCAUAUUCAGCUUCUCUCCCUUGGGUUUAUUAUUGUCUGUCAGUUGUUUACCAUUGUGUUCCUUCCAAAGGGGAAACCAGUUGUGCUUCCUUGAUUGUUUUGUCUGCCAGAGUUUUGCACUGGUGUCAGUGGAAUGUAUAUUUUAUGUUGCACCUGAAAUCACUGGCUUAAACAAAUAACAUCUUACUGGCCUGGAUAAUUCUGUUUUGGAAAAUGUUAGUAUCAUGUAUUUACAGUGGGUCUAUUCAAGUUACAUAUGUAAAACUAUGGCCACAGCUAUAUGAAUAUUUUUUGGUCAAAAUGAUAGAAAGUAAUGGUGUCAUAAGUUUGCGUAAAAAAAAGUUGUGUGAACCUGAGCUGUGUGGAAUUUGCUUUAUAAAUUCAUCUUCA